AGUUCAGGUGGAACCGUGUUGCGAGUCAGGUGAACCGAAAUUUUCUCUCAUAUUCUUGUGAAGUGAAAGUUUCCACUCAACAUUCAAUGGGAAAACUACUGCCCACUGAAUAUUUCAGCGAAUUUGCAGUUGUGGAUAUAUCUGCUGCUCUCACAGGUCACUGGGAACAUUAGCAAUCACACUGAACCAUCAGGAAAGUGGACUGGAGGGUAUACAACAAAAAAGCCACGACCCCAACACGUCAUAAAAGCUCAUGUUGGGUGCAUUUAAUUGACACGCCACAGAGUCAAUUAUUUCCUUACGGUUAUUAAAAAAAAGAAAAACCAAACAAAACAAACAAAAAGUGUUCCUUAAAAUUAAUUGCUGUGGAAGGAAAAGUGCUUUAGUAAGAUCCUUAAUUUGGUGCACCAUAAAGUGUGAAUGUGUUAAGAUUACUUAAGAGAGAUUCAGAAGACUCACACACCACCACCAACAACAGAAAAACCAACAAAGAUGGGCUGUGCAAAUUCCUCACCACUCGCCAAUGGAGCUGAGAAUAUCAUGGGAACGGCCAAGAGUGCUGCCCAUGAUAUAAAGCACACCGGCGAAGAAGUGAUAAAUGAUGUUAACAGCAAAAUCACAGACACAGUGGAAUACGUUAAGGACACAGUUGUUGGCACUAUGCAUGGAAUGGGGCAGGACUUGGAAAGUGCACUGAAGGGUGGAAAGGAGGAGAACAAAGGGGAUGACUUGAUGGUGGAGGAUCUUACGGAAAGCAAAUAUAUUCCACUGAAGGAACCAAAUGGUCUAAUGGAGAAUCUGGAGGAGCGGAAGACGGAAAUGAUGAAGCGUGUUCAGAGUUUAUCGGAUGAGGCGGACAAAAUGGCAGAUGAGCUCAUCAAGGAGACGGAGGAUGUGAUAACUGAUGGUGUUGAGGAUGUGGCGAGCAAAGUACAAAAUGGUCUCGAGGGUGCUAAAGAUGCUGUUGAGGAUGCUGUGAAGGAGAUUGCGGAUGAGGUUGCGGACAAAACACCUGUUCAUUCAAUCGACAGCCUCAAGACGGGUACACCUGAGCCGGAACUCGAGAGGAUACUCGAGACCAAUGAAGAUACCAAGUCUCCCUCCCCAAAACCCACCCUUAUGCAGCUUGAAGACUUGGAAGUGGAACCAUCGGCGCCAUCCGAGACAAAGGCACAAGAUGAUGAACACUAAAAACAGACCAUAAAACAUCCUCUAGGCGGGCAACAGCGUUUCACGACACGACACAAGACACAAAACAAUUAAUUGGCAACAUGAUGAAUGAAAAGCUCGCUAACUCACCCACAAAAGCUUCAUCGCACGGGCUUGCAGACGCCGGUGGGCAGUGCAGGGUGACUGUGGUCGACAGGGAACCACAGCUCACCGCCUGGGAACGCUUGGCAGAUGCCAUACUCAGGAAGCCCUUUCCCCUCACGCAUUCCUCCAAGUCCGCAAGCAUCGAAAGUCUCAACACGGACACCAUUGAGAUUUAGCCCACAAUCCCCCUUCCCACCCCUCCUGCCAUCCCCAUAAGCUCACCCGCGCGAGACAAUGCCACCGCCGUGGAAAUAUCUAGAAGUGAUAAGAGAAAAUAUUCGAUAAAUCCAACAGAUGAAGCACACUGUAAAAUUUCCUCAAGAAAUACCUUUUCCAUAUCACAUUGUUAAGGUGAAUGUGUGUAAGGUAGAUUUUUUAAGAAAAAACAAAGAUUACAUAAUAAUUAAUUAUAAAACUACAUAAUUGUGUAUAUUUUUUGUCAAUAGAACUUGCAACACUAAAUGAGAAAAUAAAAUAAAGUGGACGUGAACCGAAGAAAA